AUGUUGCGUGAUGAGUGGUCGUCGAUUAUUAAACCACCUUUCCAGAUAGCGCUUUGGAUUGCACAUCGACCAACAACGUCAACUAUCUUCUCCGGAUGGCAUGUCAUCACACCGGCUUCGCCAAAACCCGUUGAGGUCUACACCACGAAAGAACACCGAGCAAACGUCAAGGUAGGAAGUACGACUUCACCAUCUCCAAGCUUUCUGAAACUCCCAUCCGAAAGAUCAGUCGUUAAGAACUCGUCAUCUUUCAAGUCUGACUUUGAUCACCCUGAUCUUGCGCCUACAAGAUCGGACAAUCAAGGCAUAAGCUUGGCUCCUAUAGCUCGUUGCGGCUCAGAUUUUGCUGUCCGUGAUCUCGAGUCACCUCAGUCCGCUCAACAUUCUAAGUAUACCAAUUUUACUACUGGGUCUUCACCUGGGGACCACGACGGAAAGAGUUUUGCUCAGCUUGAUCGUCUUCAUGGAGUGCUUCCCAGCUCGAGCACGAGUAGUCCAGUUGAUCUUGCACUUGAUGAAGACUUCGGGUUUGCGCUGAGUAUCUUCGCUGGACAAGUCGAGAAUGACGCAACUGAUCCAUGUGCACUGCCGCACUCUUUAUCUGACGACUGGUUUGAUGAUGAGAUGGUCGAGGUAGCCCUUGUAGAUCCAACUGAAGAAGCUUCACGUGAGCGAGAGGACGCAGGGGUAGUCAAGCCAAAGAGUCUUCAAAGGAAGGCUGACCAGCAUGGAGCAUUGACUCCACAUGUUGACAAAAAUUUGAUGCCUUUGACACCCAUCUCGGCAAACAAGUCCAUCAAUCGGCGGUCGACAGCAGUCUCAGGAGGCCAAGAAAAUGAAUUCUCUGAUCCAGAGCUAGACGCUUCUAUGGCCGACCUUGUUCCUUUCCUGGCUCAUCAAAUCACAACGCCCGUGUCGACCCCUCAGCGAACCUCCUCGCCUAAGCUGGAUUUGGCUGGAAUGAAAAUCGUUGCUCAGCAAAAAGGUCCUGAGAAUCAACUGGUCAAGUCUCCAAAUUCGGUUCCUGUCGCUGAAAUAUAUGGAAUCCAGUUCAAUGCAGCAAACGAGCCUCUAUCCUUUACUCGCCCUCCGUUCCCCAAACGUCUUUCUGAUCGUUCAUCAAUCCCCGGCUUUUCAAAUUGCACUGUCUUAAGAGUGUGCUUCCGUAUUGGUGAAGCUCUCAAUGCCGCGUCAGCCGCCUUUCGUUCAGGCAUUGAUGCCAUUAUCGAGCUUUACGCUCGUGUUGUCACAUCGUCGAGAAAACAAUUCAAACAAAACUUUUUAUUUGCUGAUAUUUUCACUGAUAAGCCUCCAUAUCUCAACGGAGCUUACACAAUCUGGAAGGACGUCGAGCUGUGGGACAACGAUGCCUCUAGUUUCCUCGGUCCAGACGGUGAAGGGAGACUUUGUCGGGUCCUCGGUCGAAUAAAAAGAGAGAAAGGUACAGAAUCUGUGCUGAGCGUGCUGAACAUAUGGCCGUGCUCGUGGGAAGAUAUCGGAGUUGCUAAAAAGAUUGUGUGCUGUUGA